CAAUGCUCAAUGACUGCGAACAUGAGAAAGAUGAAAAAUAGCCUUUAGGCCCUUGGCGAAGGCAGAAAAAAUCCGUGUGGUCAAUGCUGAUGCAAGUUAGCAUACUUCGCACAAUAACAUUAUGUUUGUUGAGUUGACUUGUUGCCUUGCUUAAAAUUUUCGCGGCGGCAGCAACAACAACAACAGCAGCAGCAACAACGACAACCAUAACAACCACCACAUUCUCCCAUACACCCACACCCCCCCCCUGGUUCCUCCUUGUCCUCCAUGAAGCGCGGUGCCUCACGAAGAACUCAGAAAGCCCUCCGGGCAGCACGGAGCUUUGGCUAAUUCGACCUGCUUCAAGAUCACGCAAACACAGCCAGACCAUCGAACAUCGAGCGCAAUGGUCCAGCUGGCCCAUCUCCGAGCGUGGUGAGUGACGGAGCAAGGGCAGCCGGGCACUGGGAAGACGCGUUGUUGGCUUUGCGGCCGCUGAGGAGGGGCGCUGUUCCCAGGUGAACUUGCGAGGCCAAAACCGCCAGGGCAAACUACAAAGGACGCUAUGGCUAUUAGGGACAAAGGGCAUCGCUACUAGGGGCUCCUGGCCUUUUCUACUAGGAGCGUCCAUGGACCCCCGCUGAGGUCCGUAGUGCGAGGAGAGUCCACAAGCAAACCACGCACCAUCCAGAAAACAGAGUCGUGCGUACCCAAGGCAAGGGGACAAGGCAUCCAAGUGGGACCGGACUUCCGUCCGCCCUCCAGCCUCACGAAGCAAGGGCCACUGAGAAAAUUGGCUUUAAGCCUAAGCCGGAGACAAGAAGGCUGGCCGAAGGCGUUGUUGAUUUUCCAGGGUGCAGGUCUUAAGUGGAGAGGGCGGGGGUAUGCGGGGGUUAUGUACAGCAAGGAUGGUUAUGAAAACAAGCACCCAUGCUUGUCAUUUCACGCAUGUCAUUGUGUGAACGUGCUGUUGUGUGAAAGUGGAUGGUUUGCCAAUGGUUGACCAACAAUUCUGCUGCUGCAAUGUUUUUGUCAUGCCGCUAUGGAGCAUCAGGCCUUCCAUGUUUCCACUUGGCUCUCGGGAAUGUUGAGCACAUCUUGGAAAAGACAGCGUUGCCGAGCAAACAUGCAACAUGUUUUGUGCAUGUGUUGUUGUCCAAAUGCCCCACCACAGCCAGCAGUUUGCCAUGCGCAUGGUGGCUAUUAUUUGGUGCUGCGACCUUUUGUUGGUUCAGAGCUUGAGGCCGCAUGAAGGACAAGAAGAAGAACAACAACGUGUUGUGCAAAGACACACGUUGGGAAGGAAUCCAAAAGGGAAUGCCCCCCCCGCCGUCUCCAUUGAAACAGCUUGCCAGGAGCAGGCGCUUGACAAAGGCGAGGGAGUAACAGUGAACAUCAUUCGAGUAUGCGUGGAUGCUUUGCAAAACUACGCGGAAUCAACCAGGGGUGGAUUGGUGAAAUCCAUUGAAGCUGAAAAGGAGUUUGUCAAGCAGUAUGCGCAAGCAAUGAAGAAAAUCAAAGAAUUGGGAGAUGUAGCCGAUGUCUGGGAUUUAGCUUUGUCAGACAAAAACGCAACAUUGAAAGUUCUUUUGGGCGAUGCCAACGCGACCAAGUCUUUGACUAUGCAGUUGAGAAGGAAUGGAACGGCAUAGAAUCACUGCCGUUGCAAAGCAAGACAACUAGCAAAGCAAAGGAGGCACAAAGUGCAACUGCGUCUGAACGAUAUCGGCCCGAAUGCACGGAGUCAAAAGUACGUUUUGCACUUUACUGCCUUGGACUCACAAUUUUUAGAGAUGGCGCCCCCUUUGAGCUCACCAGCC